GCCGCUGCCUCAGCCAUUUCCGGAGACCCCAGGAGAUUGGGUGACGAGCCUCUUCAGCCCUUGGGACCUGCAACCGGUGACCUGCCACCAUGAACCGCUCUCUGGCCCUGUUCACCAACGCGCUGGGCCUGGUGUUGAACCUGAUCGCUAUGAACACACCUUUUUGGGUGGAGGUCGUGACACCCACCAUCAUACUUCACGGGGGCCUCUGGCCCUCAGGCCCUCAGGCAGCCUUCAUGAUCGCGACGGAGUGCUUCAUCGUCCUGGCAGCCGUGUUCGGUCUGAUUGCCUUGCUGGCUCUGGCCUGGUACUUCAUCCCCUGGCUGUCCUCCCCCACCAGACUCAUAUUCACCACCACCACCGGGACAGCCUUUCCUGCAGCCAUCUUCAUGAUAGUGGCAAUGGCCGUGUACACCAACCACAUCUUGCACGUUGGCCUGGCACCCCACUGGCAAGUCUCCUUUGGCUGGUCCUUCUACUUGGGCUGGAUCUCAGCUGUCCUCUUCCUCAGUACAGGUUUCCUGAAUGGGGCGGCCCUGUGCCGCAGGGCUGGCUACGAGAGCAUGUGACCAGGAAGGCGAGGCUAGCGGGCUGCCCUCUGUUGGAGGGCCGUUUUUCUUCUGGGAGACCCCUGGGGGGUGGGGGGAGGGGACAUGGGCCCACCUGACCCUGUCUCCCCUACGUCCUUCCCUCCCCCUUUCUUCUGUUCCUCCAUCAUGCCCCAGAAAGAUUGCCGGGAUACGUUCC